UACAUCUUUGAGCAUUUUCCGGUUUGAAAUUGUGAUGUGAUGCUGAAAAACUUGAAUUUAGUUUCAGAAUUAACACAAAUGGUCAAUGUUUAUUGAUUCAGGUUUAUCAUAAGAGCUGUCAAUAUAGCGUAUCCUGAUGUGUUUGAGGUGACAUAGGAGGCCUGAAGACAGGCCACAAACAUGAAGCGUGAACAGUUAGCUUCAGCACCCGACCCCGGAGAUGAGUCUACCCGUAGACCUUCCAAGAGAUCAAAGAUCGACAAGCUACGCCGAAAAUCCUCCACCAUCAGUAACAAUGUAGAAACGUUCAAGGGAUUGAACAGUGAUAACAAACCUAACCCGAAGUCUAUUAAGCGUGCUGGGCCCUAUUUUCUAGGUCCUAGGUUAGGUUCAUCUCCAGUGAGAAGUAUUGUACAGUGUUUAGCCAGGAAAGAAGGAACAGAUGAUUUUUACACGCUGAAGAUCCUGACCCUGGAGGACCCAGGCAGAGAGAGUCAGGAUGACAGACAGGGCAAGAUGUUACUACACACAGAGUACUCGCUUCUCUCACUGUUACACAACCAGGAUGGGGUCGUUCAUCACCAUGGGCUCUUCAAGGAUGAGGCGUGGGAAGAAGUGGACAGCCUGAACUCCCAGGGCGCUAUAGACUACACGGGCAGGAAGAAGAACAGACUGUGCCUAGUUUUGGACUGUUUAAUACCCCACGACUUCAGCGACCAGAACGCAGACCUCAUCAAUCUACAACACUACGUCAUCAAGGAGAAGAAGCUCUCAGAAAAAGAAGCCAUUAUUAUAUUUUAUGAUGUUGUCAGAGUGGUGGAGUGCCUUCAUAAGAAAAACAUUGUGCAUCGUGACCUCAAACUUGGCAACAUGGUCCUGAACAAAAGAACACGGAGGAUUGUGAUCACAAACUUCUGUCUGGGGAAACACUUGGUGUCUGAGAAUGAUCCGCUCAAAGAUCAGAGAGGGAGUCCCGCUUACAUCAGUCCUGAUGUACUCAGUGGUAAGCCUUACCUGGGUAAGCCGAGUGACAUGUGGGCUGUAGGGGUGGUACUCUUCACCAUGCUGUAUGGACAGUUCCCCUUCUAUGACAGUGUACCUCAGGAACUCUUCAGAAAGAUCAAGUCAGCGGAAUUCAAUAUUCCCAUGGAUGGACGAGUGUCUGACAAAUCUGUGUCAGUAAUCAGUAAACUGUUGGUGUUAGAUCCAGCCAAGCGACUGUCAGCCACAGAAGUGUUAGAGGCUUUAAAUGUUAUCAUCACCACAUGGAAAACCUUGUCACCCCUGUCAGGACCUUUACAGGUGGUACCUGAGGUAGAGAAUCUCAGUGACAGUCAGAACUCCCAUAAGUCAGCGGAAAACAACUCACCAAGCUCCCCGAGCGAGUUGGAAUUAAAGCUACGACAACUGGAGCGAAAAGAGGCAAACAUGAUUGAGAACAAACAGGCCAAUCCUCUGCUGACCCCAUGGCGAGUUGCCAUAUCUCAUCCCCCAAUAUGCCAUGUAAACAUGGACGCACAACCAUUGACCCCAGCAGAAAUCAUGAACCAUCGGCAUCUCCUGGCCCAGCAUAGGCCAACCUCAUAAUCACCUCUCUCCACUGAGCUUUAUUUAUUUGUGACCUGUUUGUAGAACAGAAGAAUGUGUACGCUUAUUUGUCAUAUCAUGAUAUAUGUAUAUGAACGCGUUCCAAGAAGGAAUAUUUCCUUUCAUUAUUAGUAGUCAGUGAUAUGGUGACGAUUUUUUCUGGUGCCAUUGACUAGACACUUGUCAGGAAUUUUGUAUGGUGCAUUCAUGAUAUUGGUUGCCUGUUGAUAGUAAAAUGUUGAACUAGAUGUAGGGGAAAAAAUGUGCUUUAUCUUUGAUAAAUUAUUGUUUUUACAACUCUGCCAAAGUUGGAGAAAUUAGGUAUUGAGAAAUCAUUCUUCUGUCCAUUUCUGUGCAAACACUUAUAGGCAGGUUGAUCACACUUAUUCGAGACCGUGGACAUCCAGGCACUUGGCUCAUAUGAGUCAGGGACAAGCAGACAACAAGGUAAAAGGUAACAUGGGAAAUGAACAACAUUGGACGAUAUUCAAAUAAGUACGGCUGAUCAUAACUAGAAGUAAUAGUAUGUAUUAAAGACAACAGAACAAUGUGCACAGCGUAUAUAAAUUGUGAACAUUAACAAAACAUGCUUUUAGACUUAUGAGGCUUAUUUAGUAACUCCCAUGUUAUAUAGACAAUGUUUUCACCGCUGUAUGUGAGCGAGUACGCGUGUUGGCACGAGUAAAACGGCAAAUGCCUGGAAGUCCACUGUCUCGAAUACAAUAUGUACACCUAGGUUUGGAAGACCUACUUUCUGUGGCCUUGGUAAAUGUUUUCAAACUCACUGAGGUCAUGAUAUAGUUUGUAAAGAUGGUAUUUUUUUUUCACUCUUUCAAGCAAGAACCCUGUUAUUUUUCAUUGAUCUUGACCUUGAUUUAUUUUAUCCAUGUCAUUGUGCCUCCAUAUCGUGGAAAGCACCAUCACAGGUAACUAUUUAUGUGUGAUAGGCAUUUUUGCAUCGCAGAGUAGUUUAUGUUUUUUUUUUAAUACAUAGUUAUUAAAUAUGUAAAUUUUAACCCGCGAGUAAUGCUGUUGGCUUGAAACAGAUUUUGUUUGAACUAGAUCAGUUUCCUUUACUUUAUAUUACAGAAACUCACUUUUGGCAAGGCAUACAUACAUAAGAUGGCGUCACUCACUGUUAGAGGUGACAACUUUGUAUGUCUUAUAAACGGAACAUCUUUGCAACUUUGUAUGUCUUAUAAACUGGAACAUCUUUGAUCAGUGAACCAGAUAUUGAUAUUUAAAAUGCUUUAUUUGCCACUAAAAAAACAGGUUGUUUGAAGAGAUGUUAAUUAUAGAUACAUAAUUAUAGAUACAUAAUUAUAGAUACAUAAUUAUAGAUAGUCUUUACAGACUUCAAUCAGCGAAACUUGUAAAUGUAUUUUAUAAUCUAUCUCUCACAUGUUCAUUCGUAAGAAAUCCCUUUUUCCGUCUGUCUGGGGUCAGUUUUGUGAUUUUGCCAAUAACGAACAAUCUUUUUUGUCAGCAAAUUGUGGUUGAAGAUAAACCAGUACAUGUACUUCUGCCGUGGGAGGCUUGGUAUUGUUUUAAUAUGUAGGUGAGCCUUGAAGCUUCUGUCAAAUAAGUUUGUGGAAUUAGGUUAUCCAUGCGUUGACGCCAGUCAUAACUGUAUAGGCUGUUUGGGCGCGAAGAGCAUUUACAAUCCAGAUGACUGCGGGUCGUGAUAUUGUUGUUGAGAACAUUUGGAAUUGUGUAAGGAUCACUGCUUGUAAUCAUGUGCUACGUUACUUUUGGAUGGUGGCCAUACUAAUGCUCAUGAAUUUAUGGCCAUGUAUGACAGGAAUAUGGUCCUGGAGAAGUGUGUUGAGAUUUUUAUACGUUUAUACGUUUUAUGGCAUGUUUACCAUUUGUAUCAAAAUUUUAGUUAUGUAUGCUUUGUAUGUAGAUGUUGGUAAAUAUUUAUUUUAUAUAUUAUGAUACGAUUUUAUAGAACUAAACUGCAUGUAAAUUAUUUGAAAAGAUAGAAUAUCAGAGUUGUACGUUUGCUUGUACAUAUGUAUUUGUACUGUAAGAGAUCGUCAUACACGUAUCAUAGUUUUGAGUUGAGCUUGUUUAUUAUAAAUUUCAUCUUUAUUUUAUUAACAAAGUAAUCUCUGUUCAUCCACAUAGCGGAAACCAGUGUUAUAUGGCCAUUUAUUAAAUGUUUCUGUGCAAAAUUAGUUGGUUUGAACGCCAAUUUUUAAUAUUUCAGGAAAGUGCAUGUCAUUGCGUUUUAGUAAACCAUAGUUAAAAUUAACUCAUUACAUUUAGAUACUGUGUAAUAAAGAGUCUUGUAUCAUAUUUUGUGGCUGCAGUCAUCCAGGUAAAUACAUUUGUAUGAAUUUAAGUGAGAAACGUUGAUGAUGCUUAUCAAAACCAGGAGGUUGAUUUGAUUGAAGUUUUACGCCAUACUCAGGAAUAUUUCACCUACACGACAUCGGCUCCAGGAGUCUUGUGUCAAGUUCCUGUUUGUUCUGAUGGUAUAACUGGCAGCAUGCAACAACAGUAUCAAAAAAUAACACUAAGCCCACGCCCAUUAAGAGCAAUUCCUACACAUUCCCCUUCUGAGUGUAAACUUACAUGGACGAUGCCGCUUACUGUUCCAUUCUGGCAAUAUACUUCAGGGUAUCUCUGUCUACUGGGCACUAUAUGACGUUCGCACCAAGUACGGAGAACUAGUUACCAUUUACUAGAGCUCUUUCUAAAGUAAGUCGAUAGCCAACAGGCCAAACUAAUAUCUAAGUAUGUGUAUAUUAGAAUGGGGAUCAACGUCGCUUGCAACAUCAGUUUAGUAAUAUCAAGACGGUGCCUCCUUGUACAUUGUAGCAAUAGGACCAUAAGGCCUAUAUAUUUAUAGUGUUGCCUCACUGGAAAGCCGUGCGGAGAACACCAGGCACCAAGUCGCAUUACACUGACAUCGGUCUUGGAACUUGGUCUAUUCAUCUUGUGCUGAGAGCCAAUCGAGGUUUUGCCAAGAUUAGCCAUGGUAAAGGCUUGGACAGGCCCAGUCCGGGAGUGAAACCCGUAUUUACCAACGCUCUAUACACUAAGCCAUUGCACACAAUCCAAAGUCUUAGACUGUGGAAAGGCAGUGUGCACUUACACCACUGAUAUGGUGGGAAGGCACUAAAUUACACUAGACCUUAUUAUAAUGAUGAUUGGGAAGCUGCCACAUGGGCCUUAGCAUGUUAUUUUUGAUUCCGCAUCAUUAAAGAAGCUACUAUUUGAUAAGAUACCGUAUUUAUUUGUAUUCAUCGGCUAUCGAAUAGGGUGGAUCGGUUAUUUCUUUCUGUUGGAACAAAGUAUGCAUAAUAAAUGUAGUGUAUGUACGGAGUGUCUGACUUAAUUGAAUGAGUAGGCCUUAAACUGACUUCUCGAUGUAAACUUAAAUAUCAUUGCGAACGACGGUUAUUAUUCUAUUCUGGCAAGUUAGUUCAGCAUAUCUCUGGCUACCAGCCCGUUUAUUUGCCUGUGAUUCAUGAUAAGGCGUUUUCAUCAAUUACCAAGAACC